AUGGCCCUGCAUCGGUGGUUUGCCAUGCUGAAGCUCAGCCAACAAUGGGCACCUUCCUGGUACCGCACUCGAAUGCGCGAAGAGCUUCGAGAACGCCGCGCCGCGCACACCCGAUGGCAGAAGCUCAGCGAGACAUCAGACGUCCUCUUCGCGAUACUGCGCGCCCAAAACGAUGGACAUCCAAUCAUAAGGCCACCACCAUUCUACUUAUGGCGUAACUCGCUUGUAUACGGUUACAUGGUAGCCAAAUACACCUCAAGAUGGAGCUUCUAUCGCAUGGCAGCUCGCUUUUGCCGCGGCGUCGAUCAUCGCUCGGUGUGCGAAGUCGUCAACCCUGCCAAAGAUCAUAAGCUUGAAGAAGUGGCUUUGCGUCACCAUAUGGAUCCUGCAACCUUCAAGGCUUGCUGUCGCAAGUUACGACGGAUAUGGCCGCUUCUUCCGUGA